AUGCGUGUAUUGAAGAAAGCACUAGUGGAAAUAGGAGUGGAAGUAGUUUUAAGAAACGUUCAUGGGAUCGAAUUGUUGAAAAAUCAACUGGAUUACCUGAAAAGAAAGUACAACAUCUGGGAAAGAAUAGUUAAUAAAACUGGGAAUGGAUACGAUCCCAUUAGCAAUACUGUUAGCUGGACUUCUGAAGAGUGGGAUGACUAUACUAAGAUCUAUCCAGACGCAAAACAAUUUCGAUAUGCCGGCCUACAAUUUGCAGAUGAAAUGAAGUCACUAUUUGAUGGUAUUACAGCUACGGGGAAAGAUGCAUGGGGUCCCUCAAUGGAAGAAAUGCCACCAACUAUUCCAAAUAGUAACAUUACUAUUGAUGUUGAUGCUGAGGUUGAGGUCGAUGUUGAUUUGGAAAGAGAGAUAUCUCAUAGUCCUAGCAUAAAACAUUCAAAGUCUAAACGCCGAAAGUCAAACAAAUCUGAAUAUAUUGACGAACAUAUUUUAGAAACUCUUAAGAAUUUAAAUGAUUCAGAUGAGGCAAGCGUAGAAGAAUGUUCCAAAGUUCUUGAUGAUAUGUUGGAUGAGAGCGAUCCUUUAUAUUUUGUUGCUGGGACAAUAUUUUGUGAAAGUAAGACAUAUAGAGAAUUUUGGAUGCAUCUUAGGAAGAAAAGUGAUGAAGCUAAAAAACAAUGGCUUAUAAUGGUAGGAAAGAAGAUGGGCUUGAUAUAGAAUUAUGGUAGGAAAGGACUUGACUUUAUUAUGAUUAUGUUAUGAAUGUUAUUUUGUUUAAACUUUUAAUUUUGAAACAUCAUUUUGUUUGGUUCGUAAUUGGUUUUUAUAUAUUUGUGAUUUAAGUAUAUUGUGUUAUACCCUUUAUAAUUCUUUUAAAAUUUGGUUUUACAGGCUAUUUUGUGAUUCAAAGUUAUUUAAUAUGUUGACUGGUAAUAAAAGGAAAAAGGUCAUCACUAUCCUUCGUCUAAUUUUACUUAUGAGAAGAAGACGAAGGGGUCAAAGGCCUGAUGCUAUUUCUUUACUUGAUGGAGCUAGUUAUGUUAAAGAAAUUAUUGAAGGAAAUCCAGCUCAUUGCCAAGAAAUGUUGAGGAUGAAGAAAGAAGCUUUUAUAAAGAUUUGCUCUAUUUUUAGAGAAAAUGAAUGGUUAAAAGAUAGUCGUUAUAUAUCGGUGGAAGAGAAGAUGUCUA